AUGGUGUCACCUGUCUCUUAUCCCGUCAACGAUACAAGCCUCUCUGCGGGCGAGAGAGCGUAUCUCGAGCAGCUCCAAGAAUACGCAGAAACCCAGAACCUCGAACAAGACCUAAGGCCAGAGGUUCGGAACCUGAGCAUCGUCUUCACCGUCCUCGCGGCGUUUGUCGUGGGCCUUCGCUUCCUCGCGCGGUACAAGCAGAGUGCGCCGUAUGGCGUGGACGACUGGCUGAUUAUCGCCUCACUGGUCCUCCUUGCUGGGAACCUGGUGUUCAACUUGGUGAUGAUAGACGAAGGGCUAGGUCUCCAUUCCGGACGCCUCACGAUCGGGGAGCUCAUGACACUGAACCAGACUGUAGUCGGGGCCGAAGUCGUGUACACCACCGCCGUGAACAUGUACAAGAUCUCGCUCCUCUUCCUCUACUUCCGCAUCUUUCCGCUCCCCUCGAUUCGCAAAUGGGGCUAUAUCUGCGGCGGCAUCUCGACGGCGUGGAACGUCGCGUGCAUCUUCGCCGCCUCGUUUCAGUGCCUCCCGCGGACCAAGAUCUGGGAGCCCUGGGUAGACGGCUACUGCAUCGACAUCUUCCUGGCCCAGCUUUGCAUCUCUGUGCCCAGCAUCCUCUGCGACAUUGCCAUCUUAUGUUUCCCCUUGCCGCACAUCUUGCGCCUCAAGACCAACAGGACGCAAAAGAUCUUUCUCGUCGUCAUUUUCAUGCUGGGCAGCUAUGUCGUCUUCACCUCCAUCUACAGAUUCGUCAUCUAUCUGUCAUACACCAAGAAAGACAUCCCUUACACCCUGGCCGUGCCCUGUGCCUGGAAUGUGAUCGAGAUCAGCAGCGGUAUCAUCUCGUCUUGUCUCCCAACCCUGGGGCCCAUCGUACGGCCCAUGAUCAAGUCAGUCAUGCCUUCCUCGCUCGGCGGCAGCUCUGGCUACGGUGCCUACGGAAACCACCGCCGCGGCCCCAGCACCCCAGGACUGGCGACCAUCGGCGGCGGCUCCGCAUGGAAUACAAGAUCAAGGCAGAGUAAGGGCAAGUGGAGUCGCUUCGACAACUCCGAGGCCAGCCCAGCCUCUGGCAUGGCGGCAGGGGAGGAUAUCGAAAUGGGUGGUCACGGCUACGGGGCGGCAAUGACGACCACAAAGGCUACGACGACCACUAUUAUUAGUGCGGAUAGGGGCAGUCCUGAGCUCGGGAACGUGGAUACACGUGGGGCGCAGGCGCCGUCGGCUGGUACGGGAGCCUGGGAUAGCGAUGAGCAUCCGAUUCUGGGGAUUAACAAGACUGUGCAGGUGGAGUGGACGAUUGAAGAAAGGAAGAUGUGA